AUGGCUCUCAAUCGGCGACUACAACUAGCUUCUGUAUUAAAAGUUGGCAAUCGUUAUUUGGCGACCAAUACACCGUCAUCAAAUACUCCACCACAAUCACGUGAGGCUCCGCAACCAGCUAAAGUAACAGCCCCUCCACAAGCAGCACCAGCAGUAAAACCAAAAAAGACACAAUUUGGCCCAUUGAAAGAUGAGGAUAGAAUAUUUACAAAUCUGUAUGGACGUCAUGACUGGCAUUUGAAAGGUGCAUUGUCACGAGGUGAUUGGUACAAAACGAAGGAAAUUGUAUUGAAAGGAACAAAUUGGAUAAUAGAUGAAGUAAAAAAAAGUGGUUUGAGAGGUCGAGGUGGAGCUGGAUUUCCAUCUGGAUUAAAAUGGAGUUUUAUGAAUAAACCAUCUGAUGGUAGACCAAAAUAUUUGGUUAUUAAUGCAGAUGAGGGUGAACCGGGUACAUGUAAAGAUCGUGAAAUAAUGAGACAUGACCCACAUAAACUACUUGAAGGAUGUUUAAUUGCUGGCAAAGCAAUGGGUGCACGAGCUGCCUAUAUUUAUAUACGUGGUGAAUUUUAUAAUGAAGGUUCAAAUGUACAAGUUGCUAUUCAAGAGGCUUAUAAAGCCGGUCUACUUGGAAAAAAUGCAUGUGGCACAGGUUAUGAUUUUGAUAUCUUUAUGCAUCGUGGAGCCGGUGCCUAUAUUUGUGGAGAGGAAACAGCAUUAAUUGAAUCUUUAGAAGGAAAACAAGGAAAGCCUCGACUGAAACCCCCAUUUCCAGCUGAUAUCGGUUUGUUUGGAUGUCCUACAACGGUGACUAAUGUUGAAACAGUAGCUGUUGCUCCAGCUAUAUGUCGACGUGGCGGCGAAUGGUUUGCAUCAUUUGGGAGGGAAAGAAAUCACGGAACGAAACUAUUUUGUAUUAGUGGACAUGUGAAUAACCCCGUCACUGUUGAAGAAGAAAUGUCCAUUCCACUACGAGAGUUAAUUGAACGUCAUGCGGGUGGUGUAACAGGAGGAUGGGAUAAUCUUUUAGCAAUUAUACCAGGCGGAUCAUCUGUACCGUUGUUACCAAAACAUAUUUGUGAUGAUGUUAUGAUGGAUUUUGAUGCUUUGGUAGCUGUUCAGUCUGGUCUAGGUACUGCAGCUGUUAUUGUUAUGAAUAAAUCAACAGAUGUAAUCAAAGCUAUUGCGCGUUUAUCACUGUUUUAUAAACAUGAAUCGUGUGGACAGCGUAAUUUUAUUGGACCAAUUGAUGGUAAUGCUCGUCCAGAAGAAAUCGAUAUGAUUUGGGAAUUAUCAAAACAGAUUGAAGGACACACAAUUUGUGCCUUAGGUGAUGCGGCUGCUUGGCCAGUACAGGGACUUAUUCGUCAUUUUCGUCCAGAAAUGGAACGACGAAUGAAAGAAUAUCAUGAAAAUACACAAUCGAAAAAAGCUAUCGCCCAUUCUGCUUCACAUUAA